CCUUUCCCCCAUUGGUUAAUGGCCGGAAGAGGGCGGAGCUUAGAGCCCCGGUCAGGCCGCAGCUGGAAGCGGCUUGUCACCGGGCAGAGUGCAGAAGCUGAGACGGAGCAGGAGGGCCGCGCACCCCCUUCCUUAGGCCCUGGAGGGGGGCUUGAAGGGGCAGAGGAGCCAUGGAGCACAUGACUAUGGGAGCUGAGGGUAUAAAGGUGGAGGCUGCAGACAUUACCCUGGAUCAGGUGACAGCCGCCAUACAAUUGCAGGAGCAGCUGAAGGUGGAGCCGCACAUAGAUGGGGCAGUUCUGGCUGGUACAAUGGACUGUUUAGUCGACUACAAUUUAGGGACCCAACUAACAGUGGAACAAGAGAUCCAGAUUGGGGACGGUCCUUCUCCCUGCCUCCAGUAUGACAUGAACUGCCUGACUAAAAAGCCCCCCAAGCCUCGGCAGAGGAAGCCCUCAGGGGAGGGACCGUUUAGUUGUGGGCAGUGCAGUAAAAGCUUUGGGCGUAGCAUGGACUUGGCCAGACACCAAAAGGCUCACAAGGGUGAGAGGAGCUUCCUGUGUAACAUUUGUGGGAAGAACUUCCGUCGGCACACGUCCCUUCUGAUCCACGCACGGAUCCACACUGGGGAGAGACCCUAUCAGUGCACUGUGUGUGGCAAGAGCUUUGUACAGCGCCAGCACCUCACCACCCACCUGAGAACUCACACCGGGGAGAAACCCUUCCAGUGCAUCGAGUGUGGCAAAGGCUUCCGCUGGAGAUCAGAGCUCCUGAAACAUCAGAAGAACCACACAGACAAGGCCUCGGCGGCAUUUGAUGAUCUGGCUUCCUCUUUCUCCAAAGAAGAAUGGAUGGAGCUGGAGGAAUGGCAGAAAGAGCUGUACAGGAACGUCAUGAAGGAGACCUCAGAGACAUUAAUAUCACUCGGGGAAGGCCUGGUGGAGAAAGCCAUUGUAGAACCAGCUGCCAGCCUAGCGAUUGACUGCACCAGUAACCUGCCAUUUUGCCCAGGAGCUGUAACUUGCACUGGUCAGUUGGACGGAGGAAUCGGGCAGCUGAAUCAGCCAAUGGGCACAGCGGAGGGGAAGGACGUGGCUUUCACAGAGGGUUCAGAUAAAAUCCGAAUCAAGUUCUUGGAUGACGUCCCUAAGACAGACCGGGUCCACGCUUGUGCAGAGUGUGACAAAGUCUUUUACAACAAGCGGAUGCUCAAGACCCAUUUACGGGCUCACCUGGGGGACAGGUCCUAUAUUUGCAACGUGUGUGGAAAGUGCUUCCGCCGUCAUACCUCCCUGCUUAUCCACGAGCGCAUCCACACAGGCGAGCGUCCCUACCAAUGUCCACAGUGCGGGAAGAGCUUUGUUCAACGGCAGCACCUUAACACCCACCAGAAAACUCACACCGGGGAGAAGCCCUUUCACUGCACAGAAUGUGGCAAAGGUUUUCGCUGGCGGUCUGAGCUGGCCAAGCACCAGAAGGUCCACGAAGAGGAGGUGACAGACAGCUCGGCCAAGGAUGACAGGGGUGUUUCGAAUAUUGGCGAGAAAGAUGGCGGUUCCAUCAGCGCAGGAAGUGCACAUUCAGAACCUCAGGCCGGAGAUUCCCAGAAUAAAGAAGGCGGCUCCAAGAAACCAGCUGGUGCUAUUGCACAUCCCCGCAAUCAAAAAUCUGACAAAGCACACGCGUGUGCCGAGUGUGGGAAGAUCUUCUACAAUAAGCGGACGUUGAAGUCACACUUGAGGUCUCAUCUGGGGGAGAGGUCGUACAUCUGCAACGUGUGCGGCAAGUGUUUCCGUAGACACACGGCUCUGCUCAUACACGAGCGCAUUCAUACGGGCGAGCGGCCCUACAAGUGUGUGCAGUGUGGGAAGAGCUUUGUUCAACAGCAGCACCUCACCACCCAUCAGAGGACUCACACCGGCAUCAAACCCUUUCCCUGUGACGUCUGUGGGAACAGCUAUCGCUGGAGGUCAGAAUUGGCCAAACAUCAGAAGAUCCACGAGGAAGAGAAGUCUGGAAAUGGCUCUGAGGACGGGCAGAAAGAGACCUCCGUUAGGAAGAGGUGUCUCAGGCGAGUGGAGAGAGGCACUUUGGAAAGGGGCAAAGCGCUGGGGAAGCGGGCGAGACUGCUCUUGAGGCAGAGAGCUCAGAAGGCAGAACGGACUCACUCCUGCCCCGAGUGUGGAAAGAACUUUAUCAACAAGCGGACUCUGCGCACCCACCAGCGCGUUCAUACGGACGAACGAUCCUACAUCUGUAACGUGUGUGGGAAGAGCUUUCGGAGACACACCUCUCUGCUCAUCCACGAGCGCAUCCACACCGGGGAGAGACCCUACCAGUGCGCCCAAUGUGGGAAGAGCUUUGUACAGCGCCAGCACCUCACCACCCACCUGAAGACUCACACCGGGGAGAAACCCUUCCACUGUGCCCAAUGUGGGAAAGGCUUCCGCUGGAGAUCCGAGCUGGCAAAGCAUCAGAAGGUGCAUGAGGAUGAGAGUCUUCUGAUUGGGGUGAAUUCAUGUAAGACAAAGACUUCCCUUGAGAAUGACUGGAAGAGCGUGAAUGGGACGCAGGCAGAGCUGGAGCAGAGUGGUGAUGUUGGGAGAGCAGGAAAGUCACAGCAACCACCUCAGGAGCGUCCGUUUCAGUGCAGUCAGUGUGAGAAGACCUACCUGCGCAGCUCCGACCUACUGAAACAUCAGAGGAGUCAUUUAGGACCAUUAGGGGAGCGUCCGUAUGUAUGUAACCAGUGUGGGAAGUGCUUCCGUCGUAACACCUCCCUCCUGAUCCACGAGCGAAUCCACACGGGGGAGAGACCCUACCAGUGCGCCCAAUGUGGGAAGAGCUUCAUCCAGAGACAGCACCUCAGCACCCACCUGAAGACUCACACGGGGGAGAAGCCGUAUCCCUGCAAUGUGUGUGGCAAGAGCUACCGCUGGAGAUCUGAGCUGGUGAAACACCAGAGGGUGCACGGCACAGAGGCUACGGUCACAUUUGAUGACAUGUCUGUGUGUUUUCCGGAGGAAUGGAAGGAUCUGGAGGAAUGGCAGAAAGAACUCUACAAGAAUAUGAUGAAGGAGAACUCGGAUUCACUGAUAUCUCUGGGUGAGGUCUGGACCAAUAAAAAUGGGAAGGAGAUGAACCCGGACAGACCCACUGACAUGUUGGAAUCCUCUGACUCUAAAGAGCACGUCUCAUUGGGAGUUGAGGCCCUGAAUGCGCUGGAUCACAUGGGAGCCCCGCAAGAUGUCAGAGUUUUCAGCAGCACUCAGCUCCAGGGAGAUGAACCCCAAACUUCAGCCGAUGCCCUCAGAGGCCUCCACCAAAGCCUGGGAUUCCUGGAGCAGCGUCGCCCCCCUCGGGAGAAGCUCUUCUCUUGCAGCGAGUGUGAGAAACGUUUCUCCCGCAGCUCCGACCUCCUCAAGCACCAGAGGAGCCACCAGGCCGGAGAAAAGCCAAAUCUGUGCAACGAGUGCGGGAAAGUGUUCCGCCGACGGACUGCGCUCUUUAUCCACAAGCGAAUCCACACAGGCGAGCGGCCGUACAAGUGCAAGCAGUGCGGCAAGAGCUUCAUCCAGCGCCAGCACCUCACUACCCAUGUCAAGACUCACACUGGGGAGAGGCCGUACCCCUGUAACCUGUGCAGCAAAAGCUUCCGCUGGAGAUCAGAGCUGCUCAAGCACCAGAGGGUCCACCCAGAAAUCCCACCUGUGCAAUAACCUGUGCAAUAUACACACGGAUGAAGGCGGGACUUAGAGAAACCAUUGCCCACUGGAUGAAUGGACUCUACACUAACUGGCAGCACCAACUGUCAGCAUGAGUGGCAGUGAGGGUGGCAAAGCUGCUGUUUGCCCUCCAUACAUUGUGCCCCUCAGUGACUGAUGCACUCUCUCCCUCCCCCCUCUUUCCCUCUCUCUCUCACACUCUCUCACACUCUCUCUCUCUCUCUCUCUCUCUCUCUCUCACACACACACUCACACACACACACUCACACUCACACACACUCUUUCCCACUCUUUCUCUCCCCCCCCUCUCUCACACUCUCCUUUUCUCUGCCUCUCUCUCCUUUUUUCUCUUUUUCUCUCCCCCCACCUCUCUCUCUCCCCCUCUCUCGGGCUGGUCAAGUAUUUUCCAGUUAGAGGGGUGCAGCAUGUGCCCCACUUCAUACAGAGCUUUGCUCUGAUUUUUAACCCCAUACCCCACCAGACUCUUGUCUUUCCUAAUUGGAACAUAUGGAGUAAAUCUGGUGUUGGUUUUAAUGAGACCAAUUGCAUAAAGGCCAUGCAGCUCUGCUACUGCUUGUCUUGCCUCCAUCUUGGAAUCCAUAUCUGAGCUCACGGGAGUACAACUCCCAGCCAGACAGAGACAUUUCGAGGCUGUGGGACAUUGUCGCUCUUCUCUGUAUGAGGAGGAUCCAGUUACGGCUCUUCAGAGGCGGCACAAUGAUUUUAGAACCCCUCCCCCAUUGGAUUUUAAGGAUUAAUAAUGUACUUGCAACUCCCUGUCUGAUCAGUUCAUUGUAUUGAAAUUGUGCCGAGGUUCCACUGCCUGUUCCUCUCAUUUCAAUUGGUUUUAUUUAUUAGAUUCCCAGGUGCCCUUGGGGCUGGAGGAUGCUGAUUGGAUGAAGAUGUGCAGCCAUUGAUUGGUGGAGAGGAGAGGCUUCCCUGGCUGAAUCCUGUCAAUCAUUGCUGUGUCCGCUUGCACUCGACUAAACCCCCACACAGCCCCAGGGGUUACUGUUCAUGGGUCGUUUUUUAUUGGGACAGUAACGUUUGUGUAAUGUUUAAAGGGGAAGAGUCUUUUCCAUAAAAGCAAACUCUAAACUGCUUUGGGUGUUUAUUAAACCUGUUUCACCCACA